ACCGCACCGCUCUUCCCAAGUCUAGUCAAACACACACACACACACACACACACACACACACACACACACACACACACACACGCACAGGACCACUUCUGUGUUUCAGUAGGUGGUGGGGCGUGAACAGGGUGGAGUCUCAAAGGGAAAAAGAGGCCACAGGACAUCUCGGCCUAGCACCAGUCCCCGGAGAUGUUGCCACCGUGGGUGCUGCUGUGCCUGCUGUCCCUGGGGAAUUUGGAGCAUGCAGGGGCCACGCUGAUCCGAGUCCCUCUUCGCCGAGUCCACCCUGGACACAGGAUCUUAAGCCCGCUGAGUGGAUGGGAACAGCCAGCAGAGCCUCCAAGGGCCCCCGCCUAUGGUGACAAGCCCAUCUUUGUGCCCCUGUCCAAGUUCAUGAAUACCCAGUAUUUUGGAAACAUUGGUUUGGGAACGCCUCCUCAGAACUUCACAGUGGUCUUUGACACGGGUUCUUCCAAUUUCUGGGUCCCAUCCACGAGAUGUCAUUUCUUCAGUUUGCCCUGCUGGUUUCACCAUCGUUUCAAUCCCAAGGCCUCCAGCUCCUUUCGGCUCAAUGGGACCAAGUUUGCCAUUCAGUAUGGGACUGGGCGGCUGAACGGAAUCCUGAGCCAGGAGAAUCUGACUAUUGGGGGAAUCCACGGUGCCUCUGUGACAUUUGGAGAGGCUCUGUGGGAGCCUAGCCUGGUCUUUGCUUUUGCUUGCUUUGAUGGGAUCCUGGGCCUCGGUUUCCCAACUCUGGCUGUGGGAGGAGUUCAGCCUCCACUGGACAGGAUGGUGGAGCAGGGGCUGCUGGAGAAGCCCAUCUUCUCCUUUUAUCUCAACAGAGAUUCCGAAGGGUCUGAUGGAGGAGAGCUGGUCCUGGGGGGCUCAGACCCAGCCCACUACCUACCUCCCCUCACCUUCAUACCAGUCACCGUCCCCGCCUACUGGCAGGUCCACAUGGAGAGUGUGAAGGUUGGUACAGGGCUGACUCUUUGUGCCCAGGGCUGUGGUGCCAUCCUAGACACAGGAACGUCUCUAAUCACAGGACCUAGUGAGGAGAUCCAGGCCUUGAAUAAGGCCAUUGGGGGAUUUCCCUUCCUGGUUGGGCAGUACCUCAUCCAGUGUUCCAAGAUCCCAGAGCUCCCCCCUGUCUCCUUCCGCCUUGGUGGCGUCUGGUUUAACCUCACAGGCCAGGACUAUGUCAUUAAGAUUCUUAAGAGCGAUGUUGGCCUCUGCCUGUUGGGCUUCCAGGCCUUGGACAUCCCGAAGCCUGCAGGACCCCUCUGGAUCCUCGGAGACGUCUUUUUGGGGCCCUACGUGGCCGUCUUCGACCGAGGAGACAAAAACAUGGGCCCGCGCGUGGGUCUGGCGCGUGCUCGGUCUCGUGCAACCGGACCGGAAGAAAGAAGGGCUGCGCAGGCGCAGUUCCUCAGAGGACGGCCUAGUUAGGGUACAUGCACACAGGGCCACAGAGGCUAGCUUCUUUCCAAUUAAAAAAAAAAUCCACUUUCCAUUGAAGGAACCCACUUUGGUCACUUUCGGGAAGGGAAAAAUGAAUGUCUGACCUCUGGAGUUGAGAAAGAGAUGGGAGGGAAGAGAAGCAUCCUAUUUCGCGGUCGGCCCGCCAGUGAGAGGUCCCGGAACAACAAUCCCCAUGAAGCCUCUGGCCACCACUACCGGUAGUCAAAGGCCCGCGCACCGCGGAGCAUCACGGAUUUUGUAGUCCUCUCCCUAUUGGCAUCCCGCGGAGGGCGGCCGCAGCCACAACAAAUGUGGGAGGCGACAAGUCAGGAUGACAGCGACAGGUGGCAGUGGGGGUGAAAUCGACAAAGGGUUUGUUUUAAGGAGAGAGGUCACCAUCCUGCGGACCUUGUGUGUCCUAUCUUCUCCCUGGGGAUUCCAGGUCCCUGGGUCUGUCAUAAAGGCGGACCUUGAAGACCCACGGUUGUGAGGGUCAGGGGCUGUCCCUCCUCCAGUGGGAUGUCAUAGCCUCCCCUUGCUGCCCAGAGGUGCUGGGGCCUGCUCACCACUCCCCCGCCGCCAGAUCCCUUCAGUUCCUUCCUCGCCUAGACUUGGGUAUGUGGCCUUUGCCUCCCUGUUUUUCAUCCUCAUCUCCAUCACCACCUUCUGCCUGGAGACACAUGAGGGCUUCAUCCACAUCAGCAACAAGACGGUGACGCAGGCCUCCCCAAUCCCUGGGGCUCCCCCAGAGAACAUCACCAAUGUGGAGGUGGAGACAGAACCCUU